UCUUUUUUUCCCAGGUUCUAAAUUACAAUUUCGCGUAGUCCCCGCCUUGUGCAGUGAAAUCUCGUGAUGGCGUCAUUGCGAACUGCUAUGAAAUUUGCGAAGAGCGUGAAGCCACUGCGCCAGUCGGUGCGGAUGAUGGCUGCUGUUCAAAAUUUUAAGCCACCCACGAUGGAUGAAAUUCCAAUUCCACAAGGAUCAUGGUCAGAACAGCAGAAGAAACGUGAUACCUUCAACAACUUGGUUCUUCUUGGUGGCAUCGCAUGGAUGGCAUUCAGCAUAAUUGCGUUUUUAAACACACCAGGAGUGGACUUCGUGUUGCCGCCGAAAGACCCUGCACCGAGGAAGUAAAGAAGCUCCUCCUACGUUCGGAUGUAUCGUCCAUAAUUUUAGUGGUCUAAGCUGUCGUUCUUGGAAAUCAAGAAAUCUUUCAGUGCAAUGUGAAUUAAAGGAUGAGGGAGUCUUUUUAGCGAUAAUUUGUCUCCGUUGAUUUCCCUGUGAGUUUUGCUUCGACUGUAUUUGUAUCUCGAGGUAUUACGAUGCAGAUUGCACCUAUGUGUCGUGAAUGGUGGAAACAAUUUUUAUCAUGAAGCAUGCGAUCAGUGUUACAUGACUAUGUCCCUGUUCAUGACUGAAGAGUGCUGUGCAGUUAGCGCUUGUGAUUACCUUCACCGUCUGUUAGGAUCACAGUCUCUUGAGAUGUGGCCCACCAUUCACAGAUUCUUUUGAUUCCACUGUGUUCAGUUUAUAAUGCUAGACUUCGUAAGAUGAUCGCAUUUGUGAGAAA